GAAUGUUUAUGAAUGCCCAUGCCAGUGCUGCUGUGUAUUAUAAAAUGAGUUCAUCACAACGUGGUGGUCCACAUUUUCUCCAUCCUCCAUAAUUCAAUCCAGACAACCUUUCGGGGUUGACAAUCCUGAAACUUUCCCUGAAGUACUGGACCACCUUGCUGACUUAUCUUCAACUGUCGUUUCCGUAGAUCGAUGUCACUCUCGUCAGUGAAUGAAGCAAUGCAGGACGUGACAGGAAAGGACCAAACAAUUUAUAUUGGGUUCGUAGGUUUUACCAUAUUGGUUUGGGACCACCUCGUCACCAGCGGAGAUGAGAUCGAAUUUAUCUGGAAAGGCCAUAAGGGGAUCCUUGUAUACUUGUUUCUACUGAACCGAUAUCUUACUCCUCUCGGCUUUAUCGUGAAUCUGGUUGCCUACAACCUCCCUUCAUGGAGCUACAAAAGUUGCCAGCAUUUUGUCCGAUACGAAGGGGCUAUGACAGCUAUAGGAAUUGAGAUAGUCGGGCUAAUGAUGCUGUUACGGGUCAUUGCAAUGUAUAGACAUCAACGGGCUGCCGUUGUGCUGGCGGUAUUAUUACUGCUAGCUUGGAUCGUAGUGACUGCAUGGCUAUUGACUUAUGGUGGACCUGUUAUUCACACAGACAAUAUUCACUCUUGUACCAUGGUGUUCAAUUCCGGCAGUAUUGCUUCGGCUUCAGCUUGGUUGCCUCUCCUCUACGACACGUAUGUCUUUGGGUUGACGUUCAACCGCACGUUUUCUUUGAUCCGCAAUAAAGAAGCAAGUCAUGUUAUUCGUACUCUCUUCGCAGACGGGUUACUGUAUUACAGCGUCAUUUGCGCCGUAAAUCUGGUGUUGACAAUCAUGAUAAUUAGAGCUCACCAGGGGGUGAAAAAUAUUGCCGCACAGCUCGGGCUUCUUCUCACCGUCACAAUGAUGUCAAGGAUCACUCUGAACCUCAAGAAGGAAGCGUAUUAUGGACAUAGUCGCCUUCACUUGCAAGCGGAAAAUAUUAUCAUGUCUACACGCAAUCAUGCCAUAUCAACACCCUCAGGGGGAGUUGUCGCUCUUAACCGAUUGCGAUCACACUCUGUCCCCUCCACAGCGCCCGUUGGGUCGAGGAGCCGUGCGCGAUCUGGCUCUACAAGUUCUCUUUCCCCCACUAUGCGAGCCAUCACUUUCGCAGAGAAUCCAUCAAUCUCUGCUACCCAGCCUCAUUUGAGCGCAAUAUAUUCUGCUACCAAAAUCUCGGGCGCCCAAAGUCCCGUGGGGGGGAGUCCAGUUAUCGAGCAUGCCGACUGGCCUUCAGUCUCAAAUUCCAACGAGUGGAAUACUGCUGAUAUUGUAUGAUCUUGUAGGGAUUCCGUAUCCCUUACGCACCGACUGGACCUUCAAAUAGAGUUCGCGUCAAGUGCGCCCACGUCAGUCACGGAUGCGAAUAAGCUCUACGCCUCACAUCAGACUUACGGGGAAACAACCCUUACUCUCCAUUUUCUUUUCGUUAUUCUACAUUCUCCUUCGUCACUCUACCCUGUACUCAUGUACCACGAGACCGUCCUACACCAUAUAUGCUUUCUCUCUUCCCCAUGACCUCUUCCUAGUUCCGGCCGUAUCAAACGCUCUCAGAAUGUAUUUAUACAGCGCAUGUACUCUCAUUUUCGUUAGCAGAAUACUACUCAGUGAUUUCCUGCUCCAA